AUGGACCCGCUGCAGACAGACACUUGGAGGGAGAUAUUUUAUGACCUGAUAGAUGAAGUAAAACCAGAGAAUGAGUGGGAGCUGAAGAUGGUCCAAGGUCUCACUGCUGAAGCUCUGCCCUGGGACUGGACGGAGGUGGUGGAGGAGCACGGCUUGGCCAGCUUCUGUUGCUCCCACUGUGAGCACGUGUGGAACUCAGCCCAGGCUGUCAUCCACCAUGUCCACCUGGACCACACUGGGGCAGGAGGCCAGGUGAGGAAGAGGACCUUCAGGCAGCAGUGCCACCUGUGCUGGGUGUGGGCAGAGCCAGUUUUCAGCCAGGAUAGUGCCAGGCGGAUCCUGUCGGAUUUGGUCACCAGCAUCCGGCAGAAGUUCUGUGAGAGGCUGGCCGGGGAUGCGUGGCUGGUGAAUGACUUUUAUUAA